CAAAAGUCUGAAUCGAAACCAAACGUUCAUGGCUUACUAUUCUGAAGAAGCUGACGCUAUGGAUCAAAAUGGCAUGCCCAACAACAAUUUUGUACCUAAUUUUACAUUUGCCGGCGAGACUGUUUUCCCGGGAGCUGGUUGCUAUUUCGUCAAGUUGCUCAUUUACAAAGAAUCGUUUGAAGAGGCCAUGGCAAUUGUAUCUCGUACCCGAAAUUUGCCACCACCAAUUUACAAUGAAAGGCGAUUGUCAGAACGUCCUAUUCCACGUUUGUCGUUCCGCAAUGAAAAUGAUUUGGAUCGUUCAAUUCAACAAAAUUCAUUCGAAACCAAUUUCGGUGAAGUUUCUUUCGCAAGUGAUUCAUACAUUGAAGACAAUGAUAGUUUUCUUGGCGUUAUUCCAAACGAUGCUGGUUUCGAUGGUAGUUUGGAGAACCCUUUGGCGUCAGUCGACGAUGCAAAUGAAAGUGCGACGGUGGAAACAGCUCCAAAUCAAACUACAAAUGGUUUGGCUGAUGAGAAUGCGAUUUUGGAGGAUACUUUGGUGUCAGUCGACGAUGCAAAUGAAAGUGCGAUGGUGGAAACAACUCCAAGUCAAACUACAAAUAGUUUGGCUGAUGCAAAUGAAAGUGCGAUGGUGGAAACAACUCCGAAUCAAACUACAAAUAGUUUGGCUGAUGCAAAUGAAAGUGCGAUGGUGGAAACAACUCCAAGUCAAACUACAAAUAGUUUGGCUGAUGAGAAUGCUAGCAAAAAUAUUGUCAACGAAAGUGGUGUUUUUGAAAACACGGAAUCGGUUGGUCCCAUCAAAGACACCGAUGUUCAUGACCCCAUCACGGCAUCAGUGGAAGUUGCAACGCUGCCUGAAAAUGUUGUUGAUAGCAAUGGCUCAUGCCCAAAUCCAACGACAUCAAAUCAAAGCGAAUCGACCGUGCAAAACUUAUCAUCGUCAUCGGAAAAUGGUUCUAUCGCUAGCACUUCGGAAACAGCUAAUUCAAAUGUGCAGAUCAAACGUGAGCUGGUACUUGUUGCUGAAGCUUGCCGUGGGAACAACAAUGAGUUGGAAAUUCUUCUGGAUGAUGAUGUUCAAGUAGUCGAUGAAUAUGACAAUGAAAUCACCUUCACAUACAAUCGGAAGACUGGGUACGGCAAGCCAUUCAAAGCCAAUGAAAAAGGCCUGAUCAAACACGAAAAAGACGUUGUAUCUGGUGGCAUUCCUUUUGGAUCAUUGAAGGAGGGUCGUGUUUAUAUGCUCGGCGAGAAACAAAUAAUUGUUCCAGCCAAGGUGAUUGACACUUUUCUACAGUGGAAUACAGAAAAGCCUGAUCAAGUUGAAUAUGACGAAAGACAAACAAUUGCGUUGUUGCUUGUGUGCGUAACGCCCGGUGAUUUAGCUCAACAUAAAGUCAGCAAUGAUGUGAUUGCUUUUUUGAAAGGUUUCUUGGAAGUUCGAGCUGCUGGAAACGUCAAUCGAUUAAAUCGUUUGGAAGAAUACAUCGACAAAUUUUGCUCUACGAAGGCAGCAAAGAAAAAUUGAAUGCGUUUCUCUAACGUGUUCUAAAAAGUAAAAACGUUCAGUACAAAUUUAGCUUUCUUGUCAUUG